CUUGGCUGAACAACUUGUUUUCAAUGCUUCCCGAGGGAUGUCAUACACUGAUGAACAGUCCAGGGAUAUAUGACAGGUCUAACGUUAGUGGAGGCGCAUAGGAUAUACCCGUGUACAGAUUUCGUUUUGGAUUUAUUUUUUCAGUGGAUGACAGGAUGGGUGAGUCGACACAAGAGUGGUCGAAGAUCACGCCAGAAGAACGCAUCCAACAUGAAACACUGUUCUACAGCCAGGGACCCCUGGAUGGCUACCUGACAGCUGAAAGAGCAAGGGAUGUGUUUCUUAAAUCUGGAUUACCAUUGCAAGUGCUGAGUCAAAUUUGGAACCUCGCUGAUGUGAGUAACGACAACCUCCUGAACGUCCAUGAGUUCGUGCUGGCCAUGCAUCUCACCCUCGGAACCCUGGAGGCUCUCAAGUUACCUGUGCCCCUUCCCCGCUACCUCACACCCCCCACCUCAGAGGUGCUGUCGGAACCAUUGGCUGAUAGCGAAAAAGAGGCUUACAAGAAAAUAUUCAAACUUUUAGAUAAAACCAACUCUGGAUUUAUUGAAGCUGACAUGGCUCAGGAAGUCUUCAGUCUCUCCGGACUCCCGCCAGACCAGCUGGGACGUAUCUGGGACAUCGCCGACGUCAACAGGGAUGGCAGUCUUGAUCCAGAAGAGUGGAUGGUGGCCUGCCACCUUAUCAGGACCGUCAAGAAAGGCCUGUCUAUAGACUGUCCUGUCAAUGUCUUUGCCUACCUCCCUGAUCGGAUUUCGCCAAACUCUUUGCAGGCAAGGAAACGAAGGGUGGAUGAGUAUGAAGUCAAGAAGCACAGGCUGAUGGUCUUGAAGGAAAAACGGAAACAAGACGUUAGUCGAGAAUCUCGGAGAUUGCAGUUUGGAGAGGUUAAACUGAAGAUCUGUCGUGAUCUGUAUCAUCUACUGAAGAAAUCAGGACAAAGUCCAAUAUCUGCUGAACAGUUCAAGACCAAAGUUGCUCAUGAGAAUGGUGAAAUUACAAAACAAGAAGAAAUUGUACACAGGUUAAAGAAGGAACAUGAGCGUGUGAGACAGAGCACGGUGAAGAUAAUUCUAGAGGAACAGCGGCUGAAUGAAGACAUCCGCAGCCUGAAGAGUGGCACCACGGAACUUAACAAGAAACUAAGAGCAAUCCACACAAAGGCAACCAAGGACCCUGAUCCAUUUCACCAGCUGUAUGAACAAAAGAAAGAGAAGAAGAUUACACUAGCUGACCUUGAUGCUGGCGAAAUCUACAUACCUUUCACCUUUGACCCUUUCAACAAGAAAGAAUCCUCUCAAAAAGUUACCUCAGGAGCAAGAAUCUUCCAGAACUGUGAUAACAAAAAUAACAAUCAUAAACUGAAAAGUGAGAUUCCUGAAAAGGUUAUAGUUAGUUUUAAAAACAUUGACGACAGCUUCACUGACAUUUGGGGGACAUCAUCAUCCAAAAUGAGUUCAUCGGAAGAAGAAGACCCUUUGUUUAAAACCGUGACACCCUCAAGUCUGGAGGCAGACAGCUGGUUCAGUCUGCACCUGGCUGGGGACUCAGUUAUGAGUGAUGACAGCAAGAACUUUGCAGACCUCCAGCGCAGACUCGUCGACCUCAAGAAUGAAAUGCAAAAGCUCAAUAUGGAGGGAGACAGACUCGUAUUUAGAAACCCUGAGGAAUACACUGCAAGGAAGCGUGCCAAGGAGGAGGAAGAGAGGGCGGAGAAACUCCGACAUCAGCGUCGUGGUGGCAGCGGUAAGGAGAACAUCAAGCGGCACAGCUAUACCUCCAAGCCUGAUGAAGCUGUACAAGCAGCUAGAGAGUACCGCAUAAAGAGAAGGUCCCUACACCUUGAAGGAAAAUCAGAAACAGGCACAGAGAGUCCGACAGUAGUGAGAAGACCUCUUGAGUCUCCUCGGCAAUCUCCCCGGCAGACACACAGGAGUAAAAUCUCCUCAGAGUCAAAAGUUUUUGUUGAACAAGAUUUGGGUCAGUCAGAAACCACAUCAACAUCUCCUCUGGUUGUUGAAAAGCUGGACUUGUCAUCAGUUGGAAACAACCAAGAAGAAGCUGAAGGUAAACACAAGAGUCCGGAAAGAGCUCUGAAAGAAAAUAAUACUCAAGAAACCAAAUCAUCUGGCGAAAAGACACCAAGGGAGCAAUCUGAAGCCAUCUUGCAAAAGGCUCAUUCGAGUUCAUCCACUCCUGUUAAAAGUCUACCUCGAUCAUCCUCAAAGAAGUCUAGAGCUCCUCCUCCACCACAAACAUCAACCAGUCCUGGACCUACCAGUCCAAGAUCUCCGUCCACAACAGAAUCUCCAGUAAGAUCUCCAGAAGUUCUAACUCCCACUUCAGCUACUGUUAAACCUCCCAUUGCUACCAAGCCUUCAGUUCCUAUUGGAGAUAGACCUCCACCUGUAGCUCCACCUCGACUGAAGAAAAAGAGGGCAUCAACUAAUUCCAAUUCCUCUGAAGAAUCUGUACAGAAGGUAAAUGGUUUAGUGUCCAGUAAAGAUUCAUCUCCCACAAAAUCUGAACCCACAUCACCAAGGGUUGAAGAGAUUGUACAGAGUCCUCAGGACAUAUCCAGUUUUAAGGCAGUCAGUAAAACACCAGAAUCUCCUGCUAAAAGACCCACUGACCUGGGCAUUACCUCAACAGCAAGUUUAGCAGAAUCCAAAGAGAAGCCAUUGAUUCUUGAAAGUUCUCUGGAAUCUGAAAUAUUUGGAGCCUUAAAUUCGUCUAAAUUGUUUAAAGAUACUGAUGCAUUUGCUUCCAACUCUGACAGUGCAACAACAGUCGCUACCUCCACUGUAACACAAGUUCAUGAACAGAAAGGGAGAUUGAAGUCUCCUGAAACUGUCACUGUUGUUACCAGAGAAGGGCGUAUCUCUCAGUCCUCCAAUAUAGACACAUCCUUUACUACUGAAGGUGCAAGCCAACUUCCUCAAAAUAGUGAGCUAUUUGGUCGCUUUGAUGCUUAUUCUGGAGGGCACGGGGGUGCCAGGCCAAAAGUGAAGCAAGAAAAGUCAAAGAAGGAAACUGUCAAACAAGAAGCUUUGAAGCAAGAAAAGUCAAAGAAGGAAACUGUCAAACAAGAAGCUUUGAAGCAAGAAAAGUCAAAGAAGGAAACUGUCAAACAAGAAGCUUUGAAGGAAAAGUCGAAGAAGGAAUCCAUCAGACAAGAAGCUUUGAAGCAAAAAACAUCAAAGAAGGAAUCUGUCAGACAAGAAGCUUUGAGGCAAGAAAGAACAGUUGAUGAGCAGAAAGGUGAAAGAGAAGAAGAAGAGAUUGAGACAAUAAUUGAGGAAGUCAUUGAAAUCAAAACUGCAUUGGACAAUGCAGGCAAUCCUAUUCUAGAUAGCUCUGCACCAGGAUACACAUCUGAAAUUAUCAGCACAAAGAAAACUGUAAUGACACAGGUUAUUGAACCCAAAGUGAGCAUCGAAGAAAGUGUAACAGAGGUUCAGUUCCAGGCAAACAGUGAUAUUAAAGAUAAAGUAAAGAGCCCCAAGCGGAAAGCACCAGCACCUCCUGUUGCAGGAACCUCUUCUAUCAACCAAGUUCACACCAACAUUUCAAACAUUGAGGCGUCACCAAGUUCGACCCCACCUUCUGUGAGGGUCUCCAAUGGGUCCAAGCGAUCAUCAAUGCUGGAUCAUCUUGCAGGAACCGCAGCUGCAGGAUAUGAGUCUGAUGCAUCAGAUGCUAGCUCUGUGCCUCCACCCCUCCCGGACUCGGCCCCACCCCCACUGCCGACCAUUGCCCCACCCCUCGCCACACAACCCAGUGGCGAGGAGAUAGUGGAAAUCGAUUUCAAAUCUUCAUCACUCCUUAACUCCAAAUCUUCACCAACAGGUAACGCUAUGAUGGAAAAGUUAAUUGAUUUUGAGUCCCAUGAUUCACCUGCUUCUACUAACGAAGGUGAAGGUCGUCAGGUCAAAAGUUUGGCCCAAAUGAGGGCAGAUUUUUUCGGUCUUGAUAAGCCCUCACCCAUAAAUUUAGACGAUAAUGAGACUUUUAAUUCAAGCAUAGAUGCUUAUUUCCCUGAUAUCCAAAGACUUGACAGCAGUGUGAGAAAGGAGUCUGAGGAGUCCGAAGAUGAAGGUGGAUUUAACGCUACUUUCUCUCCAGGAGACAGCGGAAUUCUUGUGUCCAGCCUCCCUACAUCCCCUGAUGAGACAGAUAGCUCAGGCAUACAGCUCAUCUCCUUUCAAAACCAGAUGUACUCCAAGGGAGAUAACUCCAGUGAUAGAGAUUCAUCUUUCGUACGGACCAGUGUAGAUUCAGCCUUCGAGGACAGCAUGAUAAGUCCAACCUCAUCGUAUCGCUAUGAAUCAAAGGGAGGUAAUCAAAGAUUUCAGAAAACUGAAAAUGAUGACAGGUAUGGACAGGCCCAGAGUGGGGUUAUCUCCCCUCGUGGUAAAAUGUAUGACUCUGAAGAAAUGGUUGAAAAGGCUAGACAGUUUGCGGAAACUGUCCAAAAGCCAAAUUUCGUUGUCAAGCGGGAUUCAUCUACACCUGAUGACUUUGACCAACAGAGGCUUCAAGCACUCGAGUUGGAGAGACGAGCAAUCAUUUCUCAAGCCACAGUUCGCAUGAAGUUUGGUCCUGGCGUUUCCAGCCCCACCGAGGAAGGCGCACCACCAUUUUAUGAAGAUUCAGAAUCGGGGACUAAUCCGAAUAUUGAGAAUCAUUGGGAGUUAGUGGACAAUCCGAACCAGAAUCCAGACAUCGGAUGGACAGGCCGGCCAGAUAAAGUGAACCUGUACAGUGAGAACGUUGUGCAGGAAGCAGACACGACAGAAGAAGUCAACCGGGAGUCAAUCCGGGACUUGUCGUCAACCAGACAUCAGUGGGAGACAAUAUUGUCACCUGUUGCGGAAAAGAGUGAAUCCAGGAAGAAGUCAACUGUUAGACACUGGGAGGUGAAUUUCCCAAAUAAACGGAAAUCUGUGAGCAUAGAAGCUGAUCAAGUAGACGCUUCCUUAACCAAUAUGGAGGACACCCAGGACAAGUAUGCUAACGAAAGUGCCAUCGAACGGGAGAUUCGGUUGAACAUGGAGCGAGAGGAGACGCUCCGGAGGGAGCAGGAGGAACGGAAACUCCUCAGGGAGAAGGGCAAGGUCGAUACAACUAUCUAUGAAAGUGUGCCAAAGGAUGAUGAGACAAAGCCCAUGUUUCACGAGUUGACGGAAGCAGACCGUGGCUCAGAGAUGUGGAAGAGGGAGACGAUUAUCCAGCAAGAGCUUCGGGAACAAGAGGAGAAGGAGAGGGCUCUCAGGAAGAACAAGCAUGUCGAGAAUUCUGGACAGGAGUCGAGAGCUAAUGGUGAAGCAGAGGAAACGAAAGAGAGCAUCAUUGAGAAGGAGAUCCGAAUUCAGCGUGAGAGGGAGGCAGAGCUUCAGCGACAGAGGAAGGGCAAGACAGCUGAUGAACCUGCAUCCCCAGCAGAGCCUGAGCAGAAUCAGAAACAGGCCGAGCCACAGAACGAUAUUAACCACAACCAGACAAAGAGUGUGUCUUACGAGAAGGCAAUUUCAGGUUAUAAUCAUGAGGGUGAGAGUCUUAUAGCACGGGAGUUGAGGGAAGCAAGAGAACGAGAGGAAGAACUGCAACACCAGAGGUCAAGACUGAAUCAAGUGAGUGAUGUUGCAACACCUGCAAAACAACAGCAGCAGCAAUCACAGCCAACGUCGGCAUCUAAGACAACCCCCAAAGUUUCAAACUCUUCCCCUGCAGCACGCCAGGGAACAUGGCAAAAAGACGUUUCACCUUUCCUUCAAAAAUCUAAACGUAGCGGUUCUGUAGACUCACUAGCUUCUAGUCACAGCACUGGCAAAUCACCUACUGAUUUGGGUGCACACAAUCAGGAAGAGGAUGAGUUUUCAUACAAACCCCAAUCGGAAACACCAAUUGAACGUGAGAUUCGUCUUGCCCGUGAGCGAGAGAAUGAACUCAGAAGAUCAAAAGGUCUUCCUGAUCUUCCUGAUCCCAAAGCAGAGCAGAGAAGUGGUCCUCCUCCAUCUCUGUCCAUGUCACCUCCGGAGCACUCUCCUCGGUACUUCCGGUCUCCUGUGGAGAACAACAACACGAUGAAGCGCUACUCCUCCAACAGACUCCAGCAGGAGAUCAUCAAACAGAAACAGAGAGAGAUGGAUCUGCGCAAGGAGGGGAAGAUCAUCACCACGUCUGAGGAACAUAUCCAACCACUCAAGUACGUGGCUGUCACGGGACAGGAAACUACCAAUGCUAAUGUGAAGAAGAACUUUGUGACAAGGAAAUCAUCUGCGGGGUACACCCCAACAAAGUCAGAUGAAGUGGACAGUGCUGCAAAUGUGAGCCAAACGAAGACAACCCCCAAGGCAGAGCUUCUGAAGUCAAGAAAGGUGAUGUCUGCCGGUGGAGCAGGGUUUUCGUACAAGGAGAGUCGGAAUACUGCCGAGUCAAAGAUCGAGAGAGAGCUUAGGGAAAUGAGAGAGCGAGAGGAUGAACUGAGGAAACAGAGAGCCACACCAGGUGACGAGAAGGAACCCAACAGUCCAAGGGAGGCAACUCCAAAUGGAAAGUCUGACGGAGAACAAGCCUCCAACAAGAAAGGCAACGUAGCUGCUCAAUGGGAACAGAUGUGUAACAACUGAACAAUAUACCUGAACAAUAGCUGAACAAUAGCUGAACAAAACAUGAACUAUCUAGGAGUAAUCAAUCAUAAUUAUGGAGAGUAUUAGUAUUGGGGAAAGGACCAUGAUGGUGGAAAUCAAAGAUUGAGAAAUAUUAUUCCAAUUUCUAAGAUAAUCUGUUAAAACAGAUUAAAAUAUCCCGACAGAUUUGUUGAGAAAUCAUAAUGAAGUUAAGGGUGUCAACUUGAAAUAUAUGUCUAAAAAAUUAAUAUGAUCCUGAUAAAAAUUUCGAAAACUUUUCACUGUUGAGUUAAACGAGGCACAUCAACAGCUCUCUAAAAUGCCUCUCAAAGAAGCCCUCUCAUCUUUGUACCAUAUUCCCUUCCAAACAGUGCUCCAUGGUGCUAUAGCCUGAAGCUAGACAGUAGCAGCUUGUACAUACGGUGAUGUUGCAGACACUGACGAUGGUGUCAGUGUGGUGCCUGGUGCAGCUAUGGGUGUAGAUUAAGAUGCAUGUAUUCAGAGUAUGUAUGAAACUGUAGGGGACCUUCUUGGAAGACUGGGAUCUGAAAUGUACAAACUUUGCCAAAAGCAUAUAUAUUUCAUUAUACAGACAGUGUAUGUCCGUCAAUCAAAAUACUUGUCAUGCUGCAUCGCGGUGAGCAUCACAGCUGUCUAACAUGAACAAAUGUACAUAUCACUGUAGAUAGCGUGACAGGCUUGCUUUGUAUGUAAAGGCCAAUAAUAUAUUCUGUGAGUGUAAUAGGUGGUACAUUCACCUAUAUGUAAUGUACAUGUUUGUCCAUCUCUGAAGCAUCGCUGACAGACUUGGAAAUGUUGUAUCCCAAUGCACCUGUAGACCAGUACGUGGAAAAUGACUAGCUUUGCACAUACUUCCCUGACAAUCUCAUAUAUGUGAACAUUGUAAAACACCUGAAUGUAGUGUACUAAAAAACUAGAAAUAUCCAAAUUACAAUUUGGAACUUUAGCCACUGGGGCCCAUUUCACAAAGCGAUCAUAGCGCUACGACUGUCGUAAGUCUGUUAAAGUCUGGGAGUUACGAUCACCUUAGCACUACGAUCGCUCUGUGAAACAGGGCCUGGUCUGAAGCCUGAGUCUAGUAACAUCCAUUUUGGUCAAGUUAACUCUGAAGGCUUCAACCUGUAAGGGAAAAAGAGAAAGUCAGGCUAUAAUGUGCAAUGCUCAUAUUGUGUGUAUGUACGCAGAGUCAGCAGUAUUUGAUUGGGAUACAGUGUUUAUUGUUUGUAUACAAGGAACAAAUAUAUACAUACAAGUUUAUGUAUGAUGUUGAAUCUGAACAAGUUACUACAGCCGUUGAAUGUGAUAAAUUGUACAUGAUGACCCUGUGCCUGUUUACCCACACCAUUGCCCUACAUUCUGUACAACAUACUGGCGGCCACUCAACUAUUUAUACCAAUGUUAAUCACAUCCAAAGCACAUUAUAUUUUUCCUUGUUAUACUAGAAGAAUAAGUAAAAAUCACCUGUGUUAUUACAUACAUUUUGUCAUCAACUGAGGUUCAGUCAGGAAUCAUCAGCAGUUUAUGCUAUGUCUUCCACAACACCUGGUGUCAGAUCAAGGAAGGUGUCUACAUUUUGAAAUGGGAGACAGUUUCAUCUAGCUCAUUUCGAUUUUGAAUCUGAAAAUGUUUUUCAAUGCACCUACCAUACUAUUGAAAUAUACCUUUUGCCAAGCCGGUGCAGGCUGUACUGUACCGAAAUGUUAUAUAUUUAUUCACCUCCACCUUGGCAACUGCACAUAUUUUGUGGUAUAUGAGACAUAUAACUGAAACUCCCCACAAUCCUGACAAGUGCCAAGAGGUGCCUAUGUCACGUGGUGUCUCAAAGCAACAUGAUGCUGAUAGGGGAAUAAAUGUUUGUACGACCAUACUAACAUGUCCACUGUUUGAACAUGACACUGUUUAAAAUAAUUCUUUGAAUUUAAUUUCAUGGUUAUUUGUAUUUAUGGAAAUCAACAUGAACAUUUCAAGAAUUGAUUUUGUUAGAGAUGUCGGUUUUAUUCAUGUUACAUAUUCAAUUAAAAAGUGAGAGAGAUACUACUGAUACUAAUCCAGAAAGUAUCCCAGUAAAUAUUUACAUAUUGUUUUGUCAGAUAUAGACAUAUUUGUUACAGAUAAAGUUAUCAAAUUUUCAUCCAUGUUGUAUUUGAUUAAUACCAAAUCCAAUUCCAUCCUGCCUGUAUGUUGUGGUUUAAGUGUUGUCGUAACAUGAUUAGAUUAAUCAUCAGCUUGCCAGAUUGAGCAUUUACUUGUACAUUUCAAAUUGAUUGUGUGCAUUGCAUAUGUUUGUUAUCCUGUUAUACAGAGACAGUGGCGUCAAUUACAUUCCAUUACAUGUACAUAGCAGUGUGCAUGUCCGACUAUGCAGAUGCAGCCUUGUAACCUGGCAGUCAUUGUAAUACCUUUACACAUGCCUGGACAAUUUGUGCAUAAGUUUAAUAUGUUUUUUAAAAUUUGAAAUAUUAUACCAAGACCAAUAUUCCCUAGUGCGCUUGUGUUUAUUAAGGUAAUUAAAUAUCUGGAACCUUUUUAUAGCUUUUGUAGAGGUCUGAAUAAUGUAGAAAUGUAUACAGAAAAAUGCAGCCAUUUUCCUGAGUAUCUCCACAUGUGUAACAACAUAUAUACACCUAUGCAACAUGUGUAAUCAUUUGUAAGAGAAAGGUUACAUUUGUAAGAGAAAGGUUACAAUCAGAUUUGACAUAUAUUCACAAUGUGAAUGAUAUCUAAAAUUAGAUAUGGACAGAUUCAUUUUUCAGUACUACUGGUAAUAGGGACAUCCUAUGUACAAAUCAAGAGAACAUAUUUGUGUUUGAAAUGUCAACAAAAAUUCUUAAAAGCUGUCUUUAAUCAAGAACUAUCAUGAGAAUAAAACUCCAGUAGAACAGGUGCCAAACAAGUUUAAACUGAUGUACAUAAAUAUAUUGUUUCCAUCUCACGUUGUUUCCUGACUGUGACCCGUGGAGUUAUUGAAGGAAAGUACUUCGAUAUGACAAUAUCCCUAGCGUGCCUUACCAAGCUUAGACUGUACAUACUUCUAUAUGACCGUGCAAUGAGUUGCCAAUACCCAGAUAUUACAUGUAUACACCAUACUGUGAAAACAUAUCAUUCAGAUCUGGAUGUGUUACAUUACACAUAUAAUCAUCUUGAUGUCUCAAGCAAUAAAUAUGCAUUAUAUUAACAUA